CUGAGGCUGCGGGCGGGUGGAGCGGGGACUCUUUGGGUGCUGACAUUUGCAGGCUGCCCUCCUGAUUGGUCCCUUCGCUGAGCUGCUCACGGGUUCAUUGAAGUGUUAAGCACCUCCCCGUCUCUCUAAAGGACAUUAUAAUGCAAGAGACCCCCUUUUUAACCACACACCGAAUUUUCUUUCAUUUAGGCGAUCUAUAUAUAUUAUAUCUAUAAGCUGUAGAGAACUAGAUCUAUUUUAAAUAACUUUUUUUGUAGUGGGGGGAAAAACAACCGCUAAAAUUUGGGGGGGAACAGCUUUCGCCCUGGAGCGGUGCGCGAUGCUAUCUCACGCCGACCUCCUGGACGCCCGGCUCGGGAUGAAAGACGCCGCCGAGCUGCUGGGCCACCGGGAGGCGGUGAAGUGCCGCUUGGGCGUCGGAGGCUCGGAGCCCGGAGGUCACCCGAGCGACCUGGCUCCCAACUCGGAGGCCGUAGAAGGGGCCACGCUGCUGCCCGGCGAGGACAUCACCACGGUGGGCUCCACGCCCAGCUCGCUGGCCGUCAGCGCCAAAGACCCCGACAAGCAGCAGGGCCAGCCGGGCGGGCAGAACCCCAGCCAGGCCGGCCAGCAGCAGGGCCAGCAGAAGCAGAAGCGCCACCGCACCCGCUUCACCCCCGCGCAGCUCAACGAGCUGGAGAGGAGCUUCGCCAAGACCCACUACCCGGACAUCUUCAUGCGCGAGGAGCUGGCCCUGCGCAUCGGCCUCACCGAGUCCCGGGUCCAGGUCUGGUUCCAGAACCGACGGGCCAAGUGGAAGAAGCGCAAGAAGACCACCAACGUGUUCCGCGCUCCCGGAACCCUGCUGCCCACGCCAGGCUUGCCCCAGUUCCCUUCCGCCGCGGCGGCAGCGGCUGCCGCCAUGGGCGACAGCCUGUGCUCUUUCCACGCCAACGACACACGCUGGGCCGCGGCCGCCAUGCCAGGGGUGUCGCAGCUGCCUCUGCCCCCGGCGCUAGGCAGGCAGCAAGCCAUGGCGCAGUCGCUGUCGCAGUGCAGCCUGGCGGCGGGGCCUCCGCCUAACUCCAUGGGCUUGUCCAACAGCCUGGCGGGCUCCAACGGCGCAGGCCUCCAGUCGCACCUCUACCAGCCCGCCUUCCCCGGCAUGGUGCCCGCCUCCCUGCCCGGUCCCAGCAACGUGACGGGCUCGCCGCAGCUCUGCAGCUCGCCGGACAGCAGCGACGUGUGGCGGGGAACCAGCAUCGCCUCCCUCCGCCGAAAGGCGCUAGAGCACACAGUCUCCAUGAGCUUCACCUAAUGGCGUCCCCCUCACGCCCGCCUGCCCCGGCCGCGCUCCCGCUUUCCCGCCCUUUUCUUCACCUCAGCUAUGCCCCCCUCCCCCAGCUCGUGCGGAUCGCACUGUGCCCGCCAUUUUGUUUCUUGAAAUGAGGAGGGGACAAAAA